GUAGGCUAAAAAAAAGCUGCUGUGUAGUUUUCAGUCUAACCGCGUGGGAAUCUGUGACUAGCUCUUCUGUGCUAGCUGAGGUGUAACGUUAAUCCGACACGAGGAGAUGCCACCGAAAGGAAAGGGUGGCAAAGGCGCUAAAGGGGCUGCUGCUUCAGGCAGUGGGGACAGUGAUAAGAAGGAGAAGGCUCAGAAAGGUGGUACAGCUGUAAAGCCUCCUGUGAAAACAAAGUUUGGUUACCACAUCAUCAUGGUUGAAGGCAAAAAGUAAAUGGACUGAACAGCUUUUGCAUUUGAUUAAUCUGCAACACAGCAUUUUGCGGUCAUGGAAUAUUGGAAUUUUUUAAUAUGACCAUGUGAAUAGCAGCCAAUAAAAUUGAUCUUAAUGAGCAAACUGUUUUGAUUAAUGUUUUUUUUACCCACAAAUUUUG